AUGUCUGCUGAUAGUACAAAUACGACAACUUCUGUUAUCUUUACCACAGAUGGUCUUAAUAAUACUAAUAUAACUGUUAAUGCUACAUCGAAUUCAUCUACAUUGGAUUCUGAUCCAUUUGUAAUCGGUUUAACUAAUUCUUUUCAUGUAGUCAGUAAACCUUUAGCAAUAUUCUUAUUUAUUUUAGUAUGUAUUGCAUGUCUAUUCUUUAUUAUUUUGGUACUAUUUUGUACACGUACUUGUAUACGACGUAAAUAUGCACCAAGAACACUACGUAAACGUCCAAAAGGUAUAUAUGUUGAUGAAAUUCCUGGUUUAGUACAAAAUCCUGAUCAACUUAAAUAUGGAUCACUUGAAUAUUCCCUUGAAUAUAAUUUAGAUCGUGGACAAUUAAAAGUUGGUAUACUACAAGCUAGUAAUUUAGUUGGACCAAUCGGUUCAGAUACAUUUAAUCCAUAUGCUACAGUUACAUUAACUAAAUAUGAAGGUCAUAAUUUACGUAUUAUUGGUAAACAAGAAAAAACUCAAAUAAUUUCAAAAACUAAUCGACCAGUUUGGAAACAAUUAUUUACAUUUAAUGUUGCAGAAAGUGAACUUAAUAAAUCUGUACUAUUAUUUGAAGUGUUUGCAUAUGAUAGUAUCUCUCAAGACAUGAGUAUUGGUAAGCUGGAAAUACAUCUUAAAGAUGAAGAUCAAAGUGAAUAUGCUGGAAAAAAUUUAGAAAAAAUUGGUGAAUUAUGCAUUGGUAUAGGCUAUUAUCCAAAUAGUUCACGUAUAGAUGUAUGUAUUUAUGAAUGUAGACAGUUAAAACUAGAUGAAUAUUUGCCUAUAUCAAAGCAACGUGAAUUAGACAUUCUAGUACUCUUUAAACAACGGAAACAUAUUCUUCAUUGUCAAAAAACGUAUAAACGUAAAGAAUUAAUUAAUCCAUACUUUAAUCAAAAGAUAAGUUUUCCUCUUAAAGAAAAUAAUCUCAAUGGAUUGAAUAUUGUUUGUCAACUGAGACAUGUCAAUCGUUUACAUAUGAAACAUGUAUUAGGUAGUGUACAAAUUGGAAUAGAUUCACAACAAACAACUGGUAGUAAACAAUGGGAAGAAAUGAUUAAAAGUCCAUCAAAAAUGCAUGUAAUGUGGCAUUCUAUUGUUCCAAUUUAA